CCGACCGUUCGACCACUACUACACUACUUGUACCGGGGACAGUCUCCACAAAAAGGUCACAGCCUCUCACAGGUCUACGAAAAAGGGCUUGUUCGCUCUUCGAACAAGCCGUGUUUCAUGGUUGAAAGGCGCUUAUAUAAUAGGUCAUCCGUACUGGAUCGGACGUAGCCAGGAAAAGAAAUGCCAAUUCAUGCUCUUCAAAAUAGAUACGCGCUUGUGAUCUCUUCCAAAACGCCAAUUGUCGGCCAGAUUCGCGAUUCACAACUUUGGCACAAUUUUCUAUAGUUUCCGGAUUGUACGCUCUAGCCCUAGAUUCUUACAAUUAGACGGAGCCCUGCGGCUUUGGUAAGAUGACCAAUGGCUUAUCUAGUACGUAUCACGGAAAUAUGAGGAGAAGUCACAGAUGGUCGCGCCAUCUUUCGUUGGUAACGCGCGAGUCAGCAACAUGCGCAGGGGAUAUAUAUAUCAACUCGAGGUUGUACCCAAACCUUCACCAACGAUGCGCUUUCUCGUACCGAUUCUAUCAGCGUCUUUGGCCGCGGCACAAUUUGUCUCACAAACGCCGCUUUCGUCAGACAUCUUCCAUGACGAUCCCGUGCGGGAUGAUUUUUACGAGUUCAAAUGGCCCAUUCGCAAGAUCGCAAUUAUCGGAGCUGGGCCUGGAGGUCUCAUAAGCUAUCGAGAGUUUGUCCAAGCGGGAUUCGAGGUUCGCUUAUUCGAGCGGGACGAUAUACCCGGAGGCAACUGGCACUACAGCGAGGAAGUCCCACUCGAUGCCCCUGUUCCUAAUGCAGACCCCUCUGUGGGGGACUUUGUCCCGUCGUUGCCGCCAAAGGGAGCGAAUCUUCCCUAUACGGAGGAAUAUGUCGAUGAGGAUGCUACCAUUCUUCUUGAUAGACGACGGAACCACAGGGAACCCAAGCCUGUUUGGGCAUCCUUGAAGUCGAAUGCACCCUCUCCUCAUCAACAGAUAAGGGAAACCCCAUGGCCUGAAGGCACUCCUUGGUCCUUGCCCCACCAAACCCUGCAGAGAUACGUCCGGGCUUUUGCAUCGUGGCACGGAGUCAACACCAACGAUAAUAAUCCUAACGUUUCGUACUCCACAAGAGUCGAGCUGAUCGACAAACAAUUCCGAGAUGGCCAGCACGUGGGCUGGACGCUUACUUUGAAAAGAUUUGUUCAGACAGGAGACCGGACAUCGAAGGCAACUUGGUGGACCGAGGAUUUUGAUGCCGUUGUCGUAGCUACUGGGCGGUACAAUGCACCAAACAUUCCCAACAUCGACGGGCUGGCAGCUUGGGCCGCGCAGUUUCCUGGAAGCAUCCAACACUCGCGCCAGUACAGGCGCCCGGAGCCGUUCUUGAACAAGACAGUUUUGGUCGUUGGCGCUGGGACGAGCGGUGGAGAAAUAGCGAGAGAUCUCAAUUUUCAUGCUCGGAAAGUUUAUUUGUCCACUAGGCCUGAUAACAGUACUGUGCCUCAUUUUCCCCGAGAGGCUCAGCUUGGACGGGUACCCGAAAACACCACCUUCAUCGGCGAGAUUAAGCGCUUCCACCCGACAUCGGAUAUAUCUACCGGCAAGGUGGAAUUAUCCAACGGAACAAUCAUCACUGGAAUAGAUCACAUAGUAUUCUCCACGGGAUUCAAGUAUUCUUUCCCCUUCUUGCGUCAAUAUCACGAUUCAUCACUGGGUCCGAAUGACCGGGCGCCGCCUGGUAUUCCCCAGCCUAUCGUGACGGAUGGUACUCACCUUCGCUCUCUUCAUCUGGAUGUGUUCUAUAUUGAAGAGCCCACCAUUGGAUUUAUCAAUAUCAAUGUUGGCAUGCAGUCGUUUUCGUAUGCGGAAUUUACUUCGCUGGCGCUCGCAAAGGUGUGGUCGAACAAGGCAAAGAUUCCGAAUACGUUGACGUUGUGGCGCCUGCAUGAAGAACGGACUCGGGAACAAGGAGGGUAUGGCAGGCAUUUCCAAUUUUUGGGUGCGAAGAGGAACAGAGAGAAAAUUAGGUUCUUUGUUGCCUGGUUGAAUGACGCCGCACUUAGGUAUGGAGGUAGACAGAUAGACGCUGCGCCUGCCAACGACGAAAUAUUGGCGAUUUGGGCAGCUGCGAGGUAUGGGGAUGCUCAUAUAUCUGAGCUGUCAGAUUCCUCUUUCGCGCUACUGACCGCAGAAGAGAAGGCAGACAGAAUUAUAGAUAUUAUCUUCAGCGAUGACUGGUAAAUACAUCUCUGUAGAUAAAAAUUGGUUUCGCUAUGUACCGCUAUGGGUCC